AUGCGUGCGACCGCUGCGCGCUGGAAGGCGAAGUCCUUGGUGCAGAUGUUCCGCAAGCUGAAGUUAGCCGGCGCGCACCCCGACGUGCUGUGGGGCAUCGACGCCCAAAAGGCGCAGCACAACGGCGAGGAAAUGAUCCGGCUGGAGACGCUCAUGCACGAGCGGGUCAACCGGACCUUGGGCGCCUCGCCGUCGUCCGCCACGCGUGACAACUCCCCACAGACCUUUCUGUUCUGGUUACAGAAGGGUCAGGGCCUUUCCUCCGCCCAGAGUGCUCGCGCUCCACCGCGGGCGCCGUUAACGGCCGUCGAGUGCACCAUCACUCCCUUUUCAGAGACUCGAAUUGUGAAGCAGCAGCUGACGGGGCUGUUCACGGACGCGGGCAUCUUCGAGGACUUCGAACUGGGCAGCGAGGGGGUGGAGAUGAACCUCGAGUCCGUCCUGCGUCACGCCGAUGCGCAGCAGAACGAGCACCUCGUCCAGUCCGGUUCGCUUUACAUUCGCGGCGACAAGGCAGUCGAGAACCUCCGCCGCUUCGGGGUGCUGCUGGUCGUGGAGGAGGACGGCUUGAGCUACCUCGUGACGCUGCCGGAGACGCAGGCGGUGCAGCCAACCGGGGCAGGGCAGUACAGCUCUCACAUAGGAGGAGGCGGCGGCGGCAGCACCGCACCCUAUAUGCCGGCCAAAACAAUCAUCGGCCCGAAUGGGGAGAUCGACCCGGAGGUGCAGGACUUCAUGACGGAGCGCGGCCUCCGUCCGUUUGACCUCCGCAUGGGCGGCGGACACGCCUCGGUGGAGCGCUUUGUGGCGGCGUUUGAGCGAAUUGAGCGGAUGUACGCCGUGCACCGCGGCCGCGCCUUCCGCCCCUCCGUCUGCAUCGUGCUGAGCCUGCGCUCCCUUGACAACUUUGUGGCCCCUGACGGGUCCAUUGUGCUCUCGGUGCAGCGCAUGCCCAGCUGGGAGGAGUUCCUCUUGAGCCUCCCGCAGGAUGUGUGGAAGGACUGCGUGCGGAAGCAUCAAGAGUGGCGCGUUGGCACGGCGCCGAAGCUGCAGGAGCGCAAGCGGCAGCUGCUGCGCGUGGCGGAUAUGUUUCACUUCUUCCGUGUGACGACGGAGGCACCCAUUGCGGGUCGCACGCAGUGGCAGGAGGACCUGAUCGCCCGCCUGAUGAAGGAAGAAACGAUGAUUCGACGCGCCGUGGCAAAGUACAACCUGAAAUCGGACCUGCUGAAGAAGCGGGGGGAGCUGCGCAUUGUGGAGCACCUUUACAGCGCUCUCCCCGGCUCCGCCAUGGCGGCAGGGGAAGCAGGCAGGAAAGAAAUCGGCUUCCAUCUUGGUGGGGAUGGGCGCCUCACCUUCAACUAUUCAACCAUGAACACGGGGCAGAUGCUGCGCGUGUUGAAGGAUAACCUGAAGCGGGUCGAGACCUUCCAGCAGCAGCACGACAACGCCAUCACAGCGCUGGAGCUGGUCAGCCGGCACAUCCCGGUGGACUUCAGCAUCGAUACGGAGUGGAAGCACCGGGCGGAGGGAAACUUGGUGCACUCGCUGGAGCGCUUCGUCCGCACCAUCAAGCACAACGAGAUCCAACUGGGCUCCUUCCUCAAUUCCGUUUUCACCAGUGGCGUCACUGUGGGCUCGAAUGCGGGGAAGGUGGGGGUGCCCGCCGAGAUGCUGACGAAGAAGCGCAUGGUGUGGGUGGUGUCGGACCGCUUCGACACGAUGCCGAGCGGGGUAGUCUACAUCCCCUACGAUGUGGACUUCAACUCCAUCAAGCGUCUUCUUCUUUCGCGCGGUUAA